UAAUCGGGCCCGAAAGCCACGUCGAUCUCUUCUCGUGUUUCUGUCAUUUUCUGCCCCCAAUUUUCCCCCUGGAAAGUCCGCCAUAGUUUCUCUCACUUAGAGCUUCACUCUCUCUCUCUCUUCCCAAGCCGUGACCGGUCAGUUCAACGAUCCUCCUCCUUUCACUUUUUGCUCCAUUCCAUCAAUGUAUAUCCAGGUGUUUGAUUUAAGGCCAAUUAGAGUUUGUGACGCAUGCUAUAGAAGUUGUUGAAUUGUGCAUUCUAUCAGUUAGAUAAUCCGGGACGAGAGAUAUGGACUUUGCAUGUAGUUUGCAGCAGUCAAACUUGUUUCAUAGCACUGGGGUUUCGACUAACCGGACUUUGGACUCUUUCUAUUCACAUUCUAAGUUUAGACAUGGAGACUUGGGUUGUAAUUUUCUUGGACGUCAAAGACUUGUCUCGAAAGCUUAUCGCAGGAAGAAGUUGAAGAGGAUAAUUUUGUCAACCACUAACAUUAGUAUCCAUCCAAUUACACUUGUUAAAGGAGAAUUUGAAAGCCAUUUGUGGGGUUUUAAUUCACUUGGAUCUUUGACUUGUGAUUUUGUUAAUGUUUUUAAGGCUUCAAGGGGAGUAGUUAGAUUGCGGUGUCAGGGAAAUGAUUCCAUAGCUAAUGUUGAUGGUAACGGUAGAAAGGUAGAGUUCGAUGAUAAAGAAGAUACUAGUAUUAGUCCAAAGUUGAAUGAUUCAGGGGAGGAGGCAGCUGAUGGAGAAGUCAAGGAGGGACCUACUUUGGAUGAUUUGAGGGACUUGUUGCAGAAGGCAAUUAAGGAGUUAGAGUUAGCACGGCUAAACAGUAACAUGUUUGAGGAAAAGGCUCAGAGAAUAUCAGAGGCUGCUAUAGCUUUAAAAGAUGAAGCAGAAAAUGCUUUGGACAAUGUUUAUUCUACCCGCCAUUCCAUCCAAGAGAUUGGCAAUGAAGAAGCUGUUGCUAAAGAAGCUGUUCAGAAAGCAACAAUAGCCCUUUCUUUCUCUGAAGCAAACCUCCGUGUGGUAAUGGAAACAUUAGAAACUGCAAAAAGAAUAAAUGAUUCACUUCAAGCUUUGAGCGAGGGUGAUUUAAAAUAUGAAUGUGGACAGGAAGAAAAGGGUAUCCUAGAGAAAGAAGAGGAAGCACUCUUGGUUGCUCAAGAUGAAAUUAAAGAGUGUAGAGCUACUUUGGAAAAUUCUGAGGAAGAGUUGAGAACGUUGCAAAGCAGAAAAGAGGAGUUGCAAAAGGAAUUGGACAAGCUAAAUGACAUUGCAGAAAAGGCGGAAAUGGAUGCUUUGAGAGCAGAUGAAGAGGUGGCGAAUGUGAUGCUCUUAGCAGAGCAAGCUGUUGCUUUUGAACUUGAGGCUGCACAACGUGUGAGUGAUGUGGAGAUUACCUUGUCAAGAGCAGAAAAAGAUCUUGUUGUUCCUCAUUUUGAUAUUACGGAGACUGCAGUACACCAAAACGAAUCUUCAUUCGGAGGGCAGGUUUUGGAUGUGGAGGAGGAAUUUGUUGAGGAUAGAAAAGUGAGUCCGGGAAAUACAGUUGAUAUGGUUGUUGAAAGUGACCGAGUCAUGCAAAUCGAGAGCACUCCAUCGGUUACAGAGCCUUUAACAGUUUGCCAGUUUGAUGGACCUGGCCAGAGUAUUGCAGACACAAGUACAUCUUAUGAUUUUGGUCAUGGUAAUGGAGAAUUAAAUUCAGAAUCAUCAAAGGACACAAAAAUUGAAUCACAAAACUCAAAGAACUUGACUCAAAUGACAGAGCAUGAACUACAGAAGGAUUUGACAAAGGACAGUGCACUGUUUAGUGCUCCAAAACGAUUAUUGAAGAAGUCUUCUCGUUUCUUCUCUGCGUCUUUCUUCUCUUCAGAUGGUACCCUGUUCACACCAGCAUCCCUUUUCCACGAUCUUAUUCAGUCUGCGAGGAAGCAAUUGCCUAAGCUAGUUUUUGGGUCAUUUCUCAUUGGAGCCGGGAUUGCCUUUUAUGUCAAUCGGUCAGAGAGGAUUGGCCAGCUAUUUCUACAGCCAGACAUCAUUACUACUAGUAUCGACGAAGUCUCAUCAAAUGCAAAGCCUUUGGUCCGUCAAAUGCGGAAAAUUCCCAAGAGAGUCAAGAAACUAAUAGCAAUGGUUCCGCGUCAAGAGGUGAAUGAGGAGGAAGCUUCUCUCUUUGACAUGUUGUGGUUGCUUCUUGCAAGCGUCAUAUUUGUGCCUAUGUUCCAGAAAAUCCCUGGAGGCAGUCCUGUUCUUGGAUAUUUGGCUGCUGGCAUCUUGAUUGGACCUUAUGGUCUCUCUAUUAUUCAUAAUGUACAUGCAACAAAGGCGAUAGCUGAAUUUGGAGUUGUUUUCUUGCUAUUUAAUAUAGGCCUGGAGCUUUCUGUUGAAAGACUAAGUUCUAUGAAGAAAUAUGUUUUCGGAUUGGGCUCUGCUCAGGUCUUGGUGACAGCAGUGAUGGUUGGCAUAGUGGCUCGCUAUAUUGUUGGGCAGCCCGGUCCUGCUGCACUCGUCAUUGGGAAUGGCCUGGCAUUAUCUUCCACUGCUGUUGUCCUUCAGGUCUUGCAGGAACGGGGUGAGAGCACAUCGCGCCAUGGACGAGCUACAUUUUCUGUUUUACUUUUCCAGGAUUUGGCUGUUGUGGUUUUGCUGAUACUAAUACCUCUUAUCUCACCAAAUUCAUCUAAAGGAGGGGUUGGUUUCCUAGCAAUUGCUGAAGCUCUUGGAGCGGCUGCUGUGAAGGCUGCUGUUGCAAUUACUGCCAUAAUUGCCGGAGGACGCUUGCUGCUUCGGCCGAUUUAUAAGCAAGUUGCUGAGAAUCAAAAUGCUGAGAUAUUCUCUGCGAAUACACUCCUUGUUAUACUGGGGACUAGUCUCCUAACAGCCAGGGCUGGUCUUUCCAUGGCAUUGGGAGCAUUUUUGGCUGGUUUGCUUCUUGCAGAAACAGAAUUUUCUUUACAGGUUGAAUCAGAUAUUGCUCCAUAUCGAGGCCUUCUAUUGGGUCUCUUUUUUAUGACGGUUGGAAUGUCCAUCGAUCCAAAGCUGCUUGUUGCUCACUUUCCAGUCAUUAUAGGGACAUUAGCUCUUUUAAUUGGUGGGAAGACUAUGUUGGUUGUUGUACUUGGUAGAUUUUUUGGUAUUUCACUAAUAUCUGCGAUAAGAGUUGGUCUUCUACUUGCUCCUGGAGGAGAAUUUGCAUUUGUGGCUUUUGGUGAAGCCGUCAAUCAGGGUAUAAUGUCUCCCCAGAUGUCAUCUUUGCUGUUUCUUGUGGUAGGGAUUUCAAUGGCCCUUACCCCGUGGUUAGCUGCUGGAGGCCAGUUAAUAGCCUCUCGUUUUGAGCAGCAUGAUGUGCGGAGUUUGUUACCUGUAGAGAGUGAGACAGAUGAUCUGCAGGAUCAUAUCAUUAUCUGUGGAUUUGGACGCGUUGGGCAGAUCAUUGCACAGCUUCUUUCAGAACGACUUAUUCCAUUUGUUGCCCUUGAUGUGAGGAGUGACCGAGUAGCAGUUGGGCGUGCACUUGAUCUUCCCGUCUAUUUUGGAGAUUCUGGCAGCCGGGAGGUGCUUCAUAAAGUUGGUGCUGAAAGAGCAUGUGCAGCAGCAAUAACUUUAGAUACCCCUGGUGCAAACUAUAGAACUGUUUGGGCUUUGAGCAAGUAUUUCCCUAAUGUCAAGACAUUUGUCCGUGCUCAUGAUGUUGAUCAUGGCCUCAAUUUGGAAAAGGCGGGGGCAACAGCGGUGGUCCCUGAGACCUUGGAACCGAGUCUUCAGCUAGCGGCUGCUGUUCUAGCGCAGGCUAAGCUACCAAUGUCAGAAAUAGCAGCCACAAUCAAUGACUAUAGGUCCCGCCAUCUUUCUGAGCUUACUGAGCUUUGUGAAAUAAGUGGAGGCUCGCUUGGUUAUGGAUACUCUCGAGUCAUGAUUAAACCCAAAGCUCAGCCAUCCGAUUCUUCCGAGGAGAAUCAAACCACUGAAGGAACACUGGCCAUAUAACUCAUCACGCGAUGGUGAAGAUAGACGUAGAAGAAAUCAAGAAAUUGAAAAAGAAAAUAAAGAAUGCAGCCUUUCAUUAGAACCCUUGACAUGAAUUGUAGAGCAAUAUAGCUGAAUCGGUGGCGGUAGCACACACUUUUGUGGUAUAGUAAUUUUUUGAUUGAUAGAUAGAUUUAGGUAUGCCUUACUAAGUAAAGAUGUCGAGGACUUUCUUGUCUCGUAAUCUCAUGACAUCAGAAUUUUUGUAGGGUUUUCUCGGUAAUCUCGUACAAGUUGUGUGCUGUUGCUUCUUAUCAUGCUGUAUUAUGCAAAUUGUCUGAAUAAUGCUGCAUAUGGAGAUAAAUCUUUUGUGGGACUGAACAUGUUGUAAGGGUUUUGUUCCAAGAAAUUUUGGCUGUA